AUGCUACUUUUCACGCUUUUCCUCCGAAUCCAGGCCGACUGCGGGUGCGGAAUGCGUUGCAUAAAGUACAGUACGGCCCUCCAAUGCACUCGAUGUUGUACGGCGACCGUUCGACGAUCGGCGCCGCUUCUCUCCGAGGACGAACAACUGGCGCAUGUGCCGACGCGCGCCCUCGAAAAGCUUCUGCAGACUCUGGGAGCGGAAAAAGAGAGUCGGAAACUGCUGAAAUUGCGAUCGCAGCGACGAAACCAACGGCGAUUACAACAUGAGACGCUGACGGAUAUCGUGGAGAACAUCCUCGCCGAGCGCCGCAGCUAA